AUGGAAAUGAGCUACAUUGACAAAAAGAAAACAACAUGGUCAAACACAAGGCCUGUUGCGACAGUAGACGAGCUUAGAGAGGAGAUGAGGGAAAUGAACCGUAAGGUAGAGGCUCUACAAACGCAGCAGGAGAGGCGGAUCGAGGAGAUGUUUCAGAGUCUUCUUGUGCUUUCAAAUUCCUGGAAACCCUCCACCUGCUGGCUGCUUGAACGUUGA